AAAUCUUUGCCCGGUGGGGUGCCUCAUUUCGCAUAUACGGGAGGUCGAGGCUGUGUCAAAUUAUGGGAUCUGGCAGCUGUUAGCCAGGUGGCAAUCGGGUCUGGCGCGGGGAUUGGAUCGAGGGAGAUAUCGCCGAUUGCCAUAUUCGACUGUCUUCGUAGCGAUAGCUACGUCAGAUCAAUUAAACUCCUCCCGAAUGCUACAGGCCUUGUAAUUGGUGGUGAAUCAAACGCUCUGACAGUAUGGGACCUAAAUGGUGCUGGACGGCGAAAAACAGAGUUGAAUUUCGAGGCCCCUGCCUGUUACGCAAUUGCACUAUCUCCUGAUGGCCGGCUUUGCUACAGAAUCCUUGUCGCGUUCGCAUUAUAA